UCUCCCCGCUGUCUGGAUUGACUGCUAGAUUCUUCCGUUGGACGCGAUGAGCCUGUGAUAGCUGUGUGAAUGAACGACAACCCCGCGAGUCUCCCCGUCUAGCGAAGUACUAGGCCAUCCGCGCUGAAUCCUCGAAAAACCGCCCGCCAAGAUGUCCGUUCUGCGCCAUGGGGGUUCCUACCUCCAGCGGCGGCUGACCAAGAUGUACACAGACACCAAGACCUCGUGCGAGAGCGUGACGACGGCGUCGAAAGUGGUCGACGAUCCGGAGCUCGUGGCGCUCCACCGCAGCUUUCGCACCCAGCGAGACCGACUGCUGGCCUGGGGUCUCGACUGGAGCGAUGCCAGCGCCGCCCAACCCAACGAUAUCGACGAGUCGCUUACGGAAGCUGGCUUCAGCGACGUCGUGGCCAGCGUCAUGUCGUCCAUCCAGGAACUCCUCAACGAAGCCGAACGGUUGCAGCAUGUCGGGGCGUCGGAGUUGCCACCCAAGGCUGGCGCGGCGGACUCGGUCUCCAAGGAUAUCAAGGGCAGUCUGAGCAGCUUGCCGGUCAAGACGCAUUGGACCGAUGAAGAGAUCAGCCGCUCCAAGACCUUGCUGAGUGAACUGUGUGCUUGUAUCGACACCUUAUAUGAUCUGUCCAGCUCGCGCCGGGACAUGAGCGCCAAUAUGUCGUCCGCCGGCCACAUGGGCAUGAAGAGGCGGGCACGAACAGACCCGCUGAUCAGAUCGGCGAAGAUGGCGGACGACUCGGUCUACGCUGGAGGAUACUCGGACGCCAAAGUGCUUCACGGGAGCCCCGUCGAGUCGAAAAGUCACGCCUUCUUUCAACCACAGGACAAUAUCGGCCCGUCACCCGAACCGGUCUCCUCGUCCAUGAAACAUCUGCAUAUCGAUCGAUCGGCUCUGCAGCUGUCUGGCGUCUCGCACGACCAAAACUUACCCCAGUAUGAAAUGAUGGCUGCCUCGGCGAACUCUCGAGCCAUUGGCCGGAUGAGAUCUUCGGCGUCGCCGCUGCUCAUGCUGACCAAAGAACCCUAUGUCUCCAUUCUGGUCGAGUUCAUGCCGAUCAUGUUGGAAAACCGAGACACCGUUGCUCUCUCCGCCAGCCGCCGCAUGGAGAAAGUCCAGCAGGCUCUGGAUCAACUUGUCCAGAACGCGAGAGUAUCCCAUCUGGGGCUCUUGAGAUUCCUGGGGUUUUAUACGGACCUGCCGAAUGCGCGGUACGGCUUUGUCUACCAGAUGCCCGUCAAUUACUUCCCCUUCUUGCGUAACCCCACAGACCACUUCCUUCGGGAAUUGAAACCAAAGCCCUUGGUUGCACUGUUCCAACCCGGCGACAAUAGCGAUGAUACCUCCCCUCCGAGCCUCGAAACUCGCUUCCAUCUGGCCUACGACCUUCUGAUGGCUGCAUUGCACCUCCGGAGUCAGAACAUCGUUCACGGAAACAUCAACAGCAGUAACAUCCUCCUUUUCCCCGGACUGGCGAAUUCGAACCGUGACGAAGUCGGUCUGACCGAAGAUCUCCGACACCCCUACCUCACGUCCUUUGCGCACUUCUCGGGUAACUCCCAAUCGCCCGAGCCCCUCUCUUCAACAAUGUACCGACACCCCGAUGACAAGAGAAAUGUGGACGAUGAGGCCUCCUGGGCCUAUGAUCUCUAUUCGCUCGGACUAGUCUUGCUGGAAAUCGGACUCUGGACCCCAAUCAGUCGCCUCUGGAAAAUGAAAUACACCAACGCCAUGUUCAAGCAGCGAAUCGAAAAUGUCUAUCUCCGCAAGCUUGCCCCUAAAUGCGGCACGGCCUUCCUUCACAUGGUCCAGCUCUGUCUUGACGCCCCCAACUUUCACCUCUCCACCCAACCGAUGGCUGAUCUCACUUUCCGCGUCCCUCAAACCUAUCACUAUCCUGUUCUCGACCUAUCCGAACCCGAUGGUACCUUUGCCUUCUCGAUGAACUUUCUGUACACGAUCUGCAAGAUUUCCUGGUCGUGCACCAGGAUCGAUAUCUUCGCCGCCCCCCCCGCGGAAGAUCUGGAUGACUGUCUGCCGCUCGCGCUUGUGCCCGUGGCAGACAUCAGCGCCGCCAAAGCACCGGUCACGGAUUUUAAAGAAUUCAUCGAUCAUGCAGACGUUCCGAUCGAGAAAAUUUCCUUGACGCACUUCGAUGAACCUAUGGUGCGCAUGGGGAAAAUCAAGGCCGAGGAGAAGCAAGCCAAGAAGAGAACUGUCAAGAAGCUCACCAAUGUGGAGAUACCUCAAGAUCAUCUGAAUGACUGGAACUUCCAGUUGAUGCCCAAACUGAGCAAGUUGCUGCAGAAGAUCCUCAAAGAGUCUGCCGAGUCGUGCAGCGCUACUCUUAUGAUGACCGGGGAAUCGGCCGAUUGCCCGAAGACGACUAUCUGUGUGACCUGCGGCAAUGUCAAAAAGGUCCGGGCCGCUCUGAAGAAGUACUUCAGGCUGGACAAGGAGGGUUGGGACCUGAUUGUCUUGCGUGGCGACAUUCAGCGGUCCAAAGUCCCCCGCAAGAAGCGUCACAGGCCGGCCAAGACAGGACCCGAGGGCCCCAAUCUAGGGGCGUUUUCGCAGCCGAAUUUGAAUCCUUGCUAUCAACAACGACCCCUUUGCGGUGCGUCGAUCGGUGCUUUCAAGAAUGAAGAGCAUCUGCCUCCUGUGUCUUACGGCGGAGCGAUCCUAGUGGACGGUAUGCCCUACGGAAUGACAGUCCACCAUAUGCUUGAAGCACCAAGCGACGACGAAGAAUCGGAAGACGAAGCCAUCAGCCUUCCGCAGAGAUCUUCUGGCAACGGUCCCCGAAAUCCUACGUCCUCCGGUCACGAGUUCAUGCAUACUUGGUGUGAAGAAGAUCCCGACGUGGAUUGUGACUUUGAGGUAUCGGACGUGGAGGAGGAGGACGAUUCGUCGAUCCUGCAAGAUGAUGAUGAAUUCUAUCUAUCUAACGAAGAAGAUUCCUCUGAUGACGACGAGCCCGGUGGCAGCUACAACGAUGAAACCGCUUCCAUUGGCGAUACAGUCGGCAUUGAACCAGGGGAAGAACCACGGCUACUCGUCACGCAGCCUGCGGUGGAUGACGUCCACGAAGAUUUCUUCCCUUCCCUAGAGGAUAGAGACGACGAGCAUCUGGCGUCCCAUUCCCUGGGGUAUGUUCAUGCCUCUUCUGGCGUCAGGCGCUGGACGCGUAAAGGGAUCAAGCACGAAAUCGAUUGGGCUUUGGUGAAAAUCGACGAUCACCGCCUAGACCCCCGCAACAUCGUCAUUGACCGAUCCACAAGUCUCUCUAGACGUCCACACUGCAGGAAUCCCGAAACCAUCCAUCUCACACGUGUGGCACGGAUGGAGGAGCUGGGCGGGCUAUUAGUCCACUGCUGCGGUAGGACCAGUGGCCUACAAAGCGGGUCGAUCUCCAGGGCAAUGACGAUAGUCAAGUUGCAUGGCCGACAGUCAUUCUCCACCAGCUUCUGCGUCAAUGGCAAUUUUGGAGUCCCUGGCGAUUCGGGUGCAUGGGUCUUCGACAAGGCCACCGGCCGUGUCUGCGGCCACGUCCUGGCCUGGUCCGAGAAAAGCCGCACCACGUACAUUGCUCCGAUGGAAGUCAUGCUUGAAGACAUCGCCCGUACCCUGAAUGCUACCCACGUUUCCCUCCCGGGCAGCCCGGACGAAUCGAUCGCAUCGAGCUAUGCCAUGACCCAGUCCACCACCGCCAUGGGCCGACCAGACGACCCGCACCACCAGCGCCGUCUUGCAGAGCAGCUCCCCGUCGACAUCACCCGACUGAACCUCGGUCUGGACGAACCCCGACUCAGUCGGGUCGGCACUGGACGAGGCCUUCGAGCCCAUUACCGUCGGCACGGGCCACCGUUGAUGGCGCCGCCGUGUCCCCUCGAGAAACAGCUCGCCUAA